AUGCCUCGCUACGAUGAUAAGUAUGGCAAUACUCGCCUCUAUGUGGGUCGUCUGUCUUCGCGAACUCGUUCUCGGGAUCUGGAAAGAGUCUUCAGCCGUUAUGGGAGAGUUCGAGAUGUGGAUAUGAAGCAUGAUUACGCCUUUGUUGAAUUUAGUGAUCCUCGAGAUGCGGAUGAUGCAAGGUACAACUUGGAUGGGCGUGAUGUUGAUGGAAGUCGUCUUAUUGUGGAGUUUGCCAAAGGGGUUCCUCGUGGUUCUCGUGAUUCUCGGGAUUCCCGAGAAUAUCUUGGUAGAGGUCCACCUCCUGGAUCUGGACGCUGCUUUAACUGUGGCAUUGAUGGCCACUGGGCUAGAGAUUGCAAAGCUGGGGAUUGGAAGAACAAAUGUUAUCGCUGUGGGGAGAGAGGUCAUAUAGAGAAGAACUGCAAGAACAGUCCCAAAAAGUUGAGCAGCAGACAUGCACGGAGUGUUUCACGCUCUCCUGGAAGGUCACGCUCUCCUAGGCGUGGCAGAAGCCGGGAUAGAAGCUAUAGCCCAGCCCGCAGUUAUAGCCGAUCAAGAUCUCCUGUCAGAUCUCGAUCUCCUGUCAGAAGAGAUCGAAGCCCAGUUCCUGAUGAUAGAUCUCGGAGCCCCCCACCUUCCAAGUCAAGGAAGUAUAGUAGAUCUCCUGAAGGUAGUCCUCAAAGAAGUGCAUCUCCUGGUAAUGAUAAGGUGGUCACAGCCCAAGAUGGGUCUGAUUAUAGUGACGGUCCUAGAGUGAAGAGCAGAAGCCCCUCAAAGGACAAUGAUGACAGCCCUAAGGCUAAUGGCAGAAGCCGUAGCAGAAGCCGCAGCAGAAGCCCUAGCCGCAGCCGCAGUCCCAGGGAUGAGGAUAGGAGCCCCAUAGAGGAUGACGAUGACACCACUCAUCGCUCUCCAUCACCUUAA